CCAUUUCCUGGGGCUGACCCCUCCAGCCCUGUCCAGCUGGCACCUACUGCCAAAAGGCUGCUACCAUGAAGCCCACCACCUGCCCCAAAGGUCACUAUUGCCUAGGAGGAACAUCCUCUGCUCUUCCCUGCCCAGAGGGAACCCUGAACCCAUGCGAAGGUGCUCUCUCCCCUAGGGCCUGCCAGCCCUGUCCUGCAGGGAGGUAUUGCCCUGGGGAGGGCAACGGGCAGAGUGAGGGUGGCGCCUCAGAGGGAAGCUGUGGACCCUGUCCAGCUGGUUCCUUCUGCCCCGGCCUGAGCCUAAGCUCUCCUAUCAGCUCCUGUGUGGCUGGCUCUGAAUGCUCCUGGAAUCUCAGGACCUCCAGCUCCAUGGCUUUCCUCUGCCCUCAGGGUCACUUCUGCCAACUGGGGUCUGCUUGGCCUGCCCCGUGCCACCAAGGGGAGUACCAGCCCUCCCUAGGCUCAGACACCUGCCUCUCCCUGGGGGUCCAGGGUGAGCACCUGGAUCAGGAUGAUGGCAAACAGGUGUCAUCACCUGUGCCAGUCUGGGUCAACAAUCUGGGAGCAGCUUCCUGA